AUGUCCGCCGAAAAUACUGAAAAAAAAUCGAUUGGCCUGUUCGCGGCCAGCACGCACGUACCAGGCAGCCCGAUGGCUGUGUCGGGCGCCUUGCAUCAGAUCUUUCGCUUCGUCUUUUGUUACGCCUGCGUCUUUUACUGCGUCAACAACUUCAUCCUCAAGCCGGCGAGACUAAAGGCGAAGCAGGCACAGGCGCAGGCGGCACCGGCCGAAGCCGGAGAGGUGCAGCGCGUGACCAGGCCGCCGCACGUCAACGCGUGGCCUCGCGGAUCGAAGCUCGCCCUGCAGCUCUACCUCUCGGACGGCGCACACUUUGAGCGGCCGCACCUGGAUCCGUCCGCCGGAGGCGCGGCGGUCGUCCCCGCCACAGACGCGGCCGCUGCGUCCCGCGGGCUAGUCGCCACCGCCGAGGGCCUCGUCUACGGCGCCGCAGACGAGGCGGACUGCAGCCACACGGUGAGCUUGACGCUCGAGCCAACAGACGAGCUGAGAGCCAACCGCUCGCAGCUCUGGCUCCACGCCUACGUGUCGGUCGUCCCGCCGCCGGGGAUCGCAACCGUCCCGGCUGCUGCCGCUGCGCACGUCCCUCUGGUGCGGCAGCAAAAGGUGCGCAGGAAGUCGAGCACCAAGAGGCUGCUGCUCGACCUCCUCUCGGACUUCACCUCCUUCCCGCCGAACGGCAUCCCGCCACAGAUGCGGCACGCCCUGCGCGUCGAGCCUGCGACGGGCGCCUACACGCCGCCGCUGUACGUCAACGAGCUGUGGAGCCUGCGCAGCGGCAUGCCUCGCCUCAACGCCUCCACCGGGUACCUCAACCUCACCGCGGCGGUGCACGGCGACGAGAUGGUGGAGGAGAUGCGCAGGAUGCUGCUCGAGACCAACCCGUGGCUGCUCGGCCUGACGAUGGCUGUCUCGCUGCUGCACAGCCUCUUCGACUUCCUCGCCUUCAAGAACGACGUCCAGUUCUGGCGCGACAACAAGUCGAUGAAGGGCAUCUCCCUCAACUCGCUGCUCCUCAACCUCUUCAUCCAGGCCGUCAUCCUCCUCUCCAACGGCGUCGGCCUGCUCAUCGAGGCCUGGAAGCUGCGCAAGAUCGUCAAGUCGGUCGCACUGCGCUGGCCAGCCGGGUCGUGGCGGCCGCGGCUGCAGCUCACGGCGGCCGACUCGUACGUGCUCUCCGACACAAAGGCGCACGACGAGGAGGCGAUGGCGUACCUCGGCCGCGUGAUCGCGCCGCUGGCGGUCGGCUACGCGUCCUACUCGCUGCUUUACGACGAGCACAAGUCUUGGUACUCGUGGCUGCUGCGCGCCGUGGUCGGCUGCGUGUACUCGUUUGGCUUCAUCAAGAUGACGCCGCAGCUCUUCAUCAACUACCGGCUCAAGUCGACCGCGCACAUGCCGUGGAAGACCUUCAUGUACAAGGCGCUCAACACCUUCGUCGACGACCUCUUCGCCUUCGUCAUCACCAUGCCAACCAUGCACCGCCUCUCCUGCCUGCGCGACGACCUCAUCUUCGUCGUCUACCUCUACCAGCGUUGGGCGUACGGGGUCGACUCGCGCCGCGCGAACGAGUUUGGGCAGGUGGGCGAGGAGGAGGGCAGCGAGGCGCUGCCUGCGCCACCCCAGGCGCCGGGGAGCACCGCGCCUGUCGACGCGGACGGCAAGCCCAAAGCCGAAUGA